CUGACUGACUCUGUCGUCGUUAACUCCUAUUCUACUACUACUCCUACUCUUUUUAGUCAAUCUCAUCAUAUAUCAUCACACACAUUUUCUUUUUAUCUCCCACCGGCUACCUACCUUUAUUCAUCGGAAAAAAAAAAUAAAACUUGUAUACAUAGACACAUUUAUCUCGGUUGCGAGUCAACUCGGUUGGUGAAUCGGAGGUUUCUUCAAGGAUUUUAACUUUCUUAUUUGAUUGAUUGAUUGAUUGAUUAGAUUCCAAGUGUUUUUCGCCUUGUGUAAAUAGUAUUAGAGAUGAUGGAGCUUUUUAGAUUAGAGCGAUUUCGAAUUCUGAAUUCGGUGUUGAUCAUCUGUUUACUGUUUCAUAGUAUCAAUUUAUGCUUCUCCCUCAACCAUCAAGGGCUUACCUUGAUAAGAUUUAAAGAUAAAGUCGUAAAUGAUAUUGCAGCAGUGCCUAAUCUGUGUUCAUGGCUUGGUGUAGACUGCUCCAUGAGACAAAUUAUGUCUUUGAAUAUUGGUCAAACUGGAAUUAAGUCCCACCGGAAACUGCUACAAUCGGAGAAUAUACAAGUUCCGUCACGAACACCUUCACCUUCCCCGUCACCGUCUCCAUCUCAGCUGCCACCAACAGGUGCACCGGUGGCGCCACCUUCACCAUCUCCUUCCCCUGUAACUCCAGUCAUCCCAGAUCAAACCGUUGCUCCUUCUACAAUCUUAUACCCUCCACCUUCCCUUCCUUCUCCAAGUCCAACACCUGCGACACAACGUUCAAAGAAGAAAAACAAAAACCAUGUUCCUUUAAUAAUAGCCGCUACGAUUGGAGGCUUUGCUUUUGUUGGUGUUGUAGCUUUGCUAUUAUUGCGAGGCAAUAAAGUGGCCACUGUUAGGCCUUGGGCCACAGGACUAAGUGGGCAAUUGCAGAAAGCAUUCGUAACUGGAGUUCCAAAGCUAAAAAGAUCGGAGCUUGAGGCAGCUUGUGAAGAUUUCAGCAAUGUCAUUGGUUCUACAUCAACUGGGACUAUAUAUAAAGGGACAUUAUCGAGUGGAGUUGAAAUAGCAGUUGCUUCUGUGGCUGCACCUUCUGCAAAAGAUUGGUCAAAGCAUCUUGAGAGCAUGUUCAGGAAGAGGAUUGACAUGUUAUCGAAGGUAAACCACAAGAAUUUUGUUAACCUUCUUGGAUAUUGUGAGGAAGAGGUGCCUUUUACCAGAAUGAUUGUGUUUGAGUAUGCUCCAAAUGGAACUCUCUUCGAACAUUUACAUAUACAAGAAGCAGAGCAUUUGGACUGGGGAAUGAGGAUGAGAAUCGCAAUGGGAAUGGCAUACUGUCUAAACUACAUGCACCAACUAACCCCACCCAUAUCACACAAAAACCUUAACUCUUCAUCAGUAAACCUCACUGAAGACUAUGCAUCCAAGAUAUCAGAUUUUAGCCUAUGCAAUGAGUUAUAUGCUGCAAGCCCCGAACAAACCCCUGAAAGCAAUGUUUACAGUUUUGGUGUCAUACUAUUCGAGAUGGUAACAGGUAGAAUCCCUUAUGCUGGAGCUGAUACCGUUGAUGAUUGGGUUAUAGACUUCUUGAGAGGGGAUAACUCCUUGACCAAAUUGGUGGACCCCACGUUAGAUUCAUUCGAUGCCGAUCAACUCGAAGCUAUUAGUAAAGUGAUAAGAUCAUGUGUUGUUUCUGACACAAGAAAGAGACCGAAAAUGAGUGAGGUUACUUCAAAAUUAAAGGAGAUAACAAGAAUAGCACAAGAUGGAGCUACACCAAAGAUUUCACCUCUUUGGUGGGCAGAACUUGAAAUAUUAUCGACCGAAGCAACAUAAUUAACGUAAGUGUUUAUUGGUUUUUCGUCUUAUAAACCAAUGGAACUGGGAAUAUAUAUACAUCUACAUCUAUAUAUGUACAUAUCUAUAUGUUUGGUAGAUGUGCAUAGAUACAAGAGGUUUUUCUUGGGAGUUUGAUUUUUGGAAGUGUGUGUGAGGAGUUUCCGAAGUAAAAACAAGCAUCACUUUCAGUAA